UCCGCAGUACCCGAAACACAGCGGCGGUCACCACCAUAACAUCCGCCUUGCUCUGCUCUGCUCGAUCGUGUCUUCUCUUCUUGCCUCGGCCGGCAUGGCUGAGCAGCUCAUCUCCACGUCCGUGCACGAUAAGCUGCCCGACAGCUACGUCCGGAACGAGGCGGAGCGGCCGCGCCUCGACGAGGUCGUCGCCGACGCCAACAUCCCCGUCGUCGACCUCGCCAACCCCGACCGCGCCACCGUCGUGUCCCAGAUCGGCGCCGCAUGCCGCUCACACGGCUUCUUCCAGGUGCUCAACCAUGGGCUUCCCGUGGAGCUGAUGCUGGCAGCGAUGGCUGUGGCGAACGACUUCUUCCGGCUAUCGCCGGAGGAGAAGGCCAAGCUCUACUCCGACGACCCGGCCAAGAAGAUGCGGCUCUCCACCAGCUUCAACGUCCGCAAGGAGACCGUGCACAACUGGCGGGACUACCUCCGCCUCCACUGCCACCCGCUCGAGCAGUUCGUCCCGGACUGGCCGGCCAAUCCACCGCCCUUCAGGGAUAUAAUGAGUGAAUACUGCAAAGAAGUUCGAAAUCUUGGGUUCAGGCUCUACGCUGCGAUAUCAGAGAGCCUGGGGUUGGAAGACGACUACAUCAAGAAUGUGCUUGGCGAGCAGGAGCAGCACAUGGCCGUGAACUUCUACCCCAAGUGCCCAUCGCCGGAGCUCACUUACGGGCUCCCGGCGCACACGGACCCAAACGCCCUCACUAUCCUGCUCAUGGACGAACAGGUGGCUGGGCUACAGGUCCUCAAGGAAGGCAAGUGGAUCGCUGUGAACCCCCGUCCCAACGCACUCGUGAUCAAUCUUGGUGAUCAACUGCAGGCCCUGAGCAAUGGGAGAUAUAAGAGCGUGUGGCACCGAGCCGUAGUGAACUCGGACAGAGCAAGGAUGUCCAUCGCUUCCUUCUUGUGCCCCUGCAAUAGCGUGACUCUCGGUCCCGCUGAGAAGCUCAUCGGUGACGAAACGCCCGCCGUCUACCGAAAUUACACCUACGACGAGUACUACAAAAAGUUCUGGAGCAGGAACUUGGAUCAGGAACAUUGUCUGGAGCUCUUCAGAACCUAGCUGUAGGCAGAGAACAGAAAAGUCCGGAAGCUUUUUUGUGCUCAUGCCGUUUUGUUGGUGUACUUCCGUGGUUAUGAGCUGUUGUUGCCCUCGUCGAUCUCGUUUCAGGCUCCGCAGCAACUCUGCUCUAACUGAUUGCAGCGUUGGCCGUAUGCACCCCCUGAGGGAGAGCUACUGAGAAAUUGUUCUUGAAUUGUUGUUGCUAGCUGUAGUAUGGUCAUUUUCAAAUUUUUUUAAAUAA